AUGCGGGAAGUCUCUGCAAUUUUCUGCAACCUGGCGCUUUUGUCUGGAGCCCCAUUGUCAAUAUGCCAGCUAUUGGGUCUCCAGUCGGUGGUCUUCGGUCCUCGGUCUUCGGUCGUCGGUCUCCUGGAUCUCUGGUCUCCGGUCCCUGGUCAUUCACAUUAUCGUUGCAUGUGCCGAGAGGUAACCCCGCAUGGGUGUGUUCGUUCAUCUUUAUUUCUUGUGCGUGCAAAAAUUCAACAAUUGCAGAAAUUGAAACUUUUGCCUCUUGCCGUUGUUGCCGUUGUUGCCACACACAGAAGCAUUGAAAGAAAACUUUCAGACAUGAAAAUCGUAAAAAUAAAAUGA